AGUAAACACGUGUGCUUGUGUCCGUCGUCGUGCGUGUGCUGUGUGUUUCGCGACCGUUUAUAUUAUAAUAAUAAUACAUUACAAUACACCCCGUGAUGCGUCGUGUGCGCGAUGUGCGAAACGUCCGCGCGACACCGUGAACACUUAUCGGGGGUAUUCGGGCGGCCCGGUAGUGCAUAGAGAACGGCGGUCGUGGUCCGUCGCGCAGCCAUCGGGUUCGAUGCGGCGGCGGCCGUCAUGGGCGGCGGCGGAACGGCGGCGCUGGCCCUGGUCCUGGUGACUACGGUCGCGGCCGUGGCCGUGGUGGCCGGCGGCGCCCGGCCCGAAGUGCUCGGCUACACCGACACGGUGUGGCUGGACCGGCAGGGACCGCUCAAAGGGCUGGUCACCACCGUCGGCGACGGCGAGCAGCGGCUGGACAGGGUCGAAAUGUACCUGGGCGUGCCGUACGCCGCGUCCCAAGAGCGGUUCAUGCCGCCCGGCGAGUCGCCCACGUGGUGCCCGAAGGCGGGCGACGGGUCGUUCGACCGGACCCACUGCCGGCCGCUGCGAGCCGAGUACCUGAAGCCGGUGUGCCCGCAGCGGCCGCCCGACCUGCUGGCGCCCCCCAAGCGGCUGUCGACCGUGCGGCAGAACUACCUGAAACGGCUGACGCCGUAUCUGGGCAACCAGAGUGAAGACUGUCUGUACCUGAACAUAUACGCCCCGCACGAUCCGAAAAACGAAAUGAACGACGAAAUGAUAAAAGAUUACAAGACCACCACCAAGAAGUCCAAGUACGCUGUGAUAAUGUUCAUUCAUGGGGAAUCAUUUGAGUGGAACUCUGGCAACCCGUACGACGGUUCCGUGCUAGCUAGCUACGGAAAAGUUAUUUUUAUUACAAUUAACUACCGCGUGGGCGUUUUAGGGUUUUUAAAGUCCAACGGUGGAGACAUUCCGGCCAGUAAUUUCGGUCUAUUAGACCAAAUGGCCGCCUUAGAGUGGAUCAAGAAUAACAUACAAGCGUUUGGUGGUAACCCAAAUGCGGUUACGGUGAUGGGACACGGUACUGGUGCAGCUUGCGCAAAUUUUCUAAUGAUGGCGCCACCAGUUAAUAACAAUAAUUUAUUUCAAAGAGCUAUACUAAUGAGCGGUUCUGCGUUAUCCGAUUGGGCGUUGGUGAAAAAUCCCAUAAUGAACACCAUACAAGUUGGCCAGUCGUUGAACUGCGAACCAGGUGGCAAUGAGAAGUUUUUUGACUGUUUGCGAAGAAAACGAUUUACAGAUUUAGUGUCGAUCAAAAUGUACUUACCGCCUUUCGUCACCGUGUUCGGUCCGAUGGUCGAUGGCGUGAUGAUUACCAACGAACCACUGCCAUUAUUAAAAGAGCAUAAGAACUUAAUAAAAAACUAUAAAAUAUUAGCUGGUGUCACGGAAUAUGAAAGUUAUCACUUGCUGGACAGCGUGUCACUAGCGCAUGGUAUGUUAGAAAAUGAACAACACAAAAUGUUAUUGGAUUACAUGAAAGCCAAGUUCGAGCUUUUUCCAGAUCUCACUCUUACGGCUACUUUGGCUCAAUACACUGACCGUAAUCGAACGUGGUCUUCGUCUGGAGCUCUGGAAAAUCGCGAUAUUUUGUUGGAUAUUCUAAGUGAUGCCAUGGUUUUAGCACCUUUAACUCAACUGGCUGAAAUCCAGUCAGAGGUCAACGAAAAUACGUACUUUUACGUUUUUACUCAUAGAAGUACUUUUAGUGAUUACGACGUGGUAAAAAAAAGUAUAAACGGGGAAGAUUUACCAUACGUUUUGGGUGUGCCAUUGGGUGGUAAUACAAUUCAUCUUAAAACUCAUUAUGAUCAAAAGGAAAAAAUAUUAUCAAAAAUGAUGAUGACUCAUUGGAGUAAUUUUGCUAAAACGGGAGACCCAAAUUUUUCAAAAAAGUCAUAUCAAAGCGAAUUGAAAACUUAUAAUGUACGAUGGCCAAAAUACAAUACUGUAAAUCGUGCUUACCUGGAACUAAAUUUAACCAAUCGGCAAAGAGUGAAUUAUAGAACGAGCAAGUGUAAAUUUUGGAAUGUGGAUCUACCGCAAAAGAUUGAAGAUAAACGGCAAAAAGACGCCGAACAGUCUAAGCCGUUAUAUUCUUCGUUGCCUGUGAUACCUAAAGAGCCUCAACAACCUCCAUGGUAUUUGGAUCGUGAACCAAUAUUCAGCUUGCCCACAUUGAUGCCAGACGAUCCUAUGCUGAGACCAGAUGAACUCCCAGAAGAACCAAACCCUGGUGAAGAGCCUUCAGCUGAACCAUCCGACAAAAAGACUCAAGAGACUAUAGAAGCGUCGUCCUCUGUAGUGGUCUCCCUAAUAAUUAUCAUCGGGAUACUUUUUUUGUUGGUCAACAUUUGUGCAUUCGGCGGAAUUUACUACCAAAGAGAUAAGUUAAGAGUUCGCGAACGUUUGUUCAACAACCGAUUUAGAUGCAAUGGUGCUAACACGAGCCGGACAUUUGACGAUGACAACGAUGACGACCAGGACGAUGUUUACAUGAAAACCACUGUAGAAGAACCAGAAAUAGCUAAUGUUCACAAAUUCAACAAGAACCAAGCGUACGAUUCAGUCGCGUUGGCCAGCGUAAAACCCGAAGCUAUUGGUGGUAAAAGGUUGGGUAAGUGGGCGGAGAUUUCAAGGCAAAGGAGUAGUAGCACGAUUACUAUGGACCCUCACACUAGAGUCAAAGAAUGGAUUAACACGGAAAUCAUACAACGGUAUUCCCCUAGAAUUUUGCGGAGACAGCGAAGGGAGGAAAAGAAAAGGCAGUUGGUGUGUGCUGAAGACCCGUCGAUGAUUACCGAUAAAUCUGAAGUAACGGACGUCAAUAAAGCAGCUGAAAAGUCUAGAAAUAAAGUUUCUGUCGCUAUUGAUGCAACGCCGGCCGCCCGGACAAUUAGCGUGUUAAAACAAACACCCAUAGAGUUGACAAAGUCCAUGGAUGCGAUGGGUCACUUAGAAAGAGUAGAAAUAAAACCAUCUCUGUCGUUAGGCUCAAUUAACAAAAAAACUUUAACUAGAAGCGACGCACUCAACGAUCGUGACGACUUGUUGAUGUCUUCACAAGACACGUUGCACAAAAGUUCCACUAGCAUUCAACUGAAACCCGCUAUGAAAGAGAAGAGACCCGGUAUUAAGGUCACUCAUGGGUAUUCUAAGUCGGAACCGGCGCGAGACAUCCCAAAAGAACCUGUUUAUACCCAAGUGUGCAAAUCAAAGACGUUGGCUGUAGCUAAAUCAAAAAACGCAAGCUUCGAUUCGAGCUCGCAUUACGAAGAUGUGAAUGUUACUUCCAAAGAAUACGCGAUGAACGGCGGCAGCAGCGGUGUCGACUCCUGUUCGGAUGGUGGCGGCGGCGUUCGCCGGAUCAAAUACCCGAAAGUAUUGCCGGACUUCCCGGCACAAAGUGGUCCCGGUCCAGAACGCAGGCUGUCGCUACCUCCACCGUUAGCGGGCAUACCCGAGGGGUCCGGGAAAAUACCUCCACCGCCACCGCCCAGGGUGUCAUCGACGCUGGGUAGGAAGAAGGAGAAGACGGACGCCAUGACCGUCCCCGGGUCGUUCAACAGGCAGCCGCAACAGGAAACCAUACCCGAGGAACACAAAUCUUUAGUGGUGCCUUGCGUACCCAACAAGGUUUGUCCCGCGGUGCAAGCGACAACGGCAACGACGUUUACGGCCAAGAAACCCACUGAACCUAGGAUCGUCAUCAAAGCCAACUCAGUACAGCAGCACUCGCAGCACCAGCAAUCCCAGCACUCACAGCAACAACAACACCAACAAAAGCAGCCCAAAAGGACGAACAUACCACGCGUAAUACAUCCGCAAAAUAGCGACAGGAACAACAAAACGACUGUGGUCGGAAACGAAACCGACACGGGCACGAUUAAGAGGAAGAAGAAAUGAACUACAAACGCGUUGUUAUUUCCUAAAAAAAACUACAUGUGUACGUCACGAACAGUAUUAGCAUAUUCCUUCGGUCAUAUAAUAUUAUUAUUUAAACAACAAUGAAUGAUACGCAUGUUUACCGUUUUGUGUGUGUUUGUAUAAGUAUUUCUAUACUAUAUGUUCUGCGAUUGCUAUAUACAUAUACAUAGUGAUGAUGUGUAUUUUACAUUUUUCUAUAUAGAAUUCGUAAUACCAAGAAAGUUUUCUUCAAACGCCAUAUACCUACCUCGGUCGGAUUUAUAAUAUGACGUUAGAAAAAAGCCAUUUAUAUUUCAUAUACAUCUUAUACAUAAUAUUCUUUUAAUACUAUUAUCAUUAUUAUUUUUUCUUUUUAUACAUAAAUAUAUGUUCUUAAUUACGUGACUUAACGUUAGUUAAAAUACAAUCGAAUUAUUAAAUAGUUAUAAGUUUAUAAUUAAUAAGUAAUAACGGUAAUUUCCACUGUUGGAUUAGAUAAAUAUUUUUUUUGUUUUUAAAGAAUAAUGCUUGUGAUGCGUAUUUAUUCGUACCUAUCAAUUGUUUGUAUUCAAUUACAUUGCCCAUAUUUUAAUCCGUAUACGAUGAAAACGUGGACAGAGUAUAUAUACUAUGUCUAUAGACACUUAGUUUUUCUACCUUUAGAUAUAAGAUACUGGAAACAUAUAUACUUUUUUUAAUUUUCUCUAAAUUAAAUUGGAAAAAUAUAAAAUAUGGCGUUCCACGAAGAACUUACUGAUUUUCAUUAUUUAUACAUUAUUGCUAUUGGUUAGAGAUAAAUUCGAAUAUAUUACAUGUUAUAGUGACUUAAUAAAAUGUUAUUUGUACAGAUAAUGAAUAAAGAUGCAUUAAAUUUAAAAACUUUCGAAAAAAAA